CAUUUUAUUUUUUUUUAAAAAAAAAAAGAAAGAAUGAAUUCAAGUAAUACAAAAAGUGAUUACUAUUCAACAACUAAAGGCGGCUUACGAUUAACAAAUCCAACAGCUUAUCACUUACAACAACAACGAUUGAAAUAUAAAGAUAUUGAUCCUACUCUUGAUCAUUCACAAUUAUUUCUUUCGCAACAACAUCAACAAAAACCAAAUGAAAGAUCACCUCAUUUAUCUGAUAUCGGUUAUUCUGAAUUGACUUCACCCGUUUCUCUUCAUCAUCAUGCAGAUUAUAUGAAUUAUUCAUCAACAAUGCAACAAGGAACCAGGAUGAUCUCAUCAUUACAACAAAUUCAACAUCAUAACCAAGAUCGACAUUCUAUGAAUCAAAACUAUUAUAUGUACGGUGAUCAAUCCAUUGAUAGUUCAUUUUCUUUUAAUACAACUAUGACUCAACAAAUGAAACGUACUGAAUCCAAUGAUGGUGAUCAUCUGUCUGACCAUGCAUCAACCGUGUCUCCUCAAGGUUUUAUGUUUUAUCCUUUGGACCAACCAUGCAAACAAGUCAGUGCUCCAGUCAAUAUUACUUAUUCUGAUACAACAGCUCACAAGGAUAUACGACCUUCUUCUUCGUUUACUGAUGCUGAAUAUGUACAACAAGAUGCUGAGUUGAUGAUGAUGAAUUCUUCCUCUCCAAGCAAUAGUAGUGGCAAUUUUGGUUACCCUGGGAAAGAACUAUCUGAAUCUAGGUCUUUGGAAAAUUAUGAUGAUGACUAUGCCGCACAAGUCAACUUACAAAUAAUUAUGGAAAAACGACGAAGACGAAGAGAAUCACAUAAUGCAGUGGAACGAAGGCGGCGGGAUAAUAUCAAUGAAAGGAUUCAAGAAUUAGGUACUUUAUUAUUGGAUGUGCCUGAUGAUGGCGUUAAUCGAUUGAAUAAAGGCACCAUCCUCAAGAAAAGUGUUGAACAAAUCAAACAAUUACAACAAGAUUUUACUUUUUAUCGACAACGAGUUCAAGAAUUGGAAUCUAUUUUACAGCAAAUCAAUACUAACCAACAAAACUGAAUUAUUCAUCCUAUAUGAUUAUGUAUAUCUUCUCCCACACACACACACACACACACACACACACGCUCUUUUAUUAUGUAUUUAUUUUAGUUUACCUUCUUUUUUUUUUUUCUUUAUUGUAUGUACCUUUUAUUAUUUUGUUUAUUAUUUGUUACUACUUGAUGAUUCCCAUGACAACCAUGUACAAGUAGCCUGUUAUGGCAUUCACCCUUUUGUUAUAAAUAUAGUUUUAUAAAUAAACACAUCUUCAUUCUUUA